AUGUUCCCGCCUAGCUCCGAGCCUUCCUUCGAAGAGACAGAUGGUGCUAGUUAUAGACGGAGAUCCAGAACUCCGCCUAGCGAGACUUUUUCCUAUGAAGAGGAGCACUGUCAUCAACAUAGGUACAAAAGUCCACCUCAUAGAGGCUUGGGGAACAACGCCAUGAACAAAGCGUUAAGCCAAGUUUUCAAAUCACCCUUCAUAAGGAACAUAGAGAAUGCGAGUCUUCCUCGACGAUUUCAUCAGCCUACAUUCACCCUAUAUAAUGGUCGGACAGACCUGGUAGAACACAUUAGCCAUUUCAGCCAAAGGAUGGCUUUCUACUCCAAAGAUGAGGCUUUGAUGUGUAAGGUCUUUCCAUCAAGCUUGGGCCCGGUGGCGAUGAGAUGGUUCAACGGUUUAAGGGCUAAUUCUAUCGAUUCCUUCAAGAAACUUACCCAGGCUUUUGGCACUCGCUUUAUUACCUGCAGCAGGGUCCCUCGGCCUUUGGGGUCCUUGUUGUCUAUGUCCCUACGAGAGGGCGAGACUGUUAAAACUUAUUCGGAUAGAUACUGGGAAAUGUUUAACGAGAUAGAGGGAGAGCACGAUGAUGUGGCUAUAAGCACUUUCAAGGCCGGUCUUCCAGCCGAGCAUGAUUUGAGGAAAUCUCUAACUGGUAAACCUGUUACUAGUGUACACCAAUUGAUUGAUCGGAUCAACAAGUACAGAAGAGUAGAAAAGGACCAACUGCAGGGAAAAUGA